AUGUCGUUUAAUAUAAUCACACGGAUGAUUAUUGGGAAGAGAUACUUUGGAGAAGAUGAAUUUUCGGUACACAAAGAGGCGGUUGAGUUUAGGCAAAUUGCGAAGGAAAUCUUUGAAUACAUGGGACUUUCUAAUGUGGGAGACUUUGUACCAUUUAUGAGACUAUUUGAUUUUCAAAAUAUUGAGAAGAAAUUGAAGGUACUACAAAAGAAGAUGAAUUCUUUCGUACAACGUCUCAUAACUCAACAACGGCUUGAGAAGCACGGUGACUCCAUGAUUGACCACCUACUCUCCUUACAAGAAUCGCAACCACAAUAUUACACAGAUGAAAUCAUCAAGAACAUUUGGGAGAUUUUUAUUACGGGCACACAAUCAUCAUCAAUAACAAUCGAGUGGGCAAUGGCUGCAUUAUUAAAUCAUCCAGAGAAGUUGGAGAAAGCACGGAUUGAAAUUGAUUCUUGCGUUGGGCCAAGCCGAUUAGUUGAUGAAACCGACAUCUAUAAGCUUCCUUACCUUCAAGCAAUCAUAUCCGAGACAUUGCGCCUCUUCCCUCCGGCUCCUUUACUUGUACCACACAUGUCUUCAGAUGAUUGCCAAGUGGCGGGAUUUGAUGUUCCUCGUGGUACAAUGUUAAUUGUGAAUGCAUGGGCCAUACAUAGGGAUCCAAGUAUUUGGGACGAUCCAAAUGCCUUUAAGCCGGAGAGAUUCAUGAGUGGAGAAACCAAGGGCGAGGCAUACAAGAUGUUGCCGUUUGGGAUGGGAAGGAGGGCUUGUCCCGGUUCUGUGUUGGGUCAACGCGUUGUGGGUCUAACCAUGGCCUCUUUAAUUCAGAGUUUCGAGUGGAAGAGAGUUGAUGGAAAGGAGAUUGACCUAAUGGAGGGAAAGGGGAUUGCCAUGCCUAAAGCUGAACCAUUGGAGGUCAUGUGCAAGGCACAUAGCAUCUUACUCAAUGUUCUUAAUGAGCCCAUAAAUAGUGAAAACUGA